CAGAAGCUUGACUGACGGAUCGAGUUAACUUUUUACGUGCAGGCUGCCAUCCAUCUUGAAUUCAUUUUGUGUGUGGUGUGAGGACGAGCAGGUUGCCCACAGAUGCCUCCUCCUCAGCCCAAGGAGCAGCACGCCCCAGCCCUGAGCCCAGCGUGAGAGGCAGAGAUGGCAUUGAGCCCUGAGUCCACAAGCAAUUUUCCUGUGCUGGCUGUGACAGGUAGCACCAUGCCUGAUCCCCCUGGUGGCCCCAACGUGUCCCUCAAUGACUCGUGGGCCAGCCCGAUGGAGCCCAGCUCCCUGGAGGACCUGGUGGCCACGGGCGCCAUCGGGGCAGUGCUCUCAGCCAUGGGCGUGGUGGGUGUGGCGGGCAACGUGUACACGCUGGUGGUCGUGUGCCGCUUCCUGCGGGCCUCAGCCUCCAUGCACAUCUACAUCAUCAACCUGGCACUGGCUGACCUGCUCUACCUGCUCGGCAUUCCCUUCAUCGUGGCCACCUACGUCACCAAGGGGUGGCACUUUGGGGACAUGGGCUGCCGCAUCCUCUUCAGCCUGGACUUCCUGACCAUGCACGCCAGCAUCUUCACCCUGACCGCCAUGAGCAGCGAGCGCUAUGCUGCGGUGCUGCGGCCGCUGGACACGGUGCGGCGCUCCAAGGGCUACCGCAAGCUCCUGGCGCUGGGCACCUGGCUGCUGGCCCUGCUGCUGACGCUGCCUGUGAUGCUGGCCAUCCGGCUGGUCCACCGGGGCCCCAAGAGCCUCUGCCUGCCGGUCUGGGGCCAGCGUGCCCACCGCGCCUACCUGACGCUGCUCUUCGGGACCAGCAUCGUGGGGCCCGGCCUGGCCAUCGGGCUGCUCUACGUCCGGCUGGCGCGGGCCUACUGGCUGUCACAGCGGGCCCCCUUCAAGCAGACACGGCGGCUGCCCAGCCCCAGGGCGCUGUACCUCAUCCUCAGCAUCGUGCUGCUCUUCUGGGCCUGCUUUCUGCCCUUCUGGCUGUGGCAGCUGCUCACCCAGUACUGCGAGGCCCCGCCGCUGGCACCCCGCACGGCGCGCAUCGUCAACUACCUGACCACGUGCCUCACCUACGGCAACAGCUGCGUCAACCCCUUCCUCUACACGCUGCUGUCCAGGAACUACCGCGACCACCUGCGCCGCCGCCCGCGCACCCCGGCCAGCGGCAGCCUCCUGCUGAGCCGAGCCCGCUUCCAGCGCGGCUCGGGUCUCUUGCUGUCCCCCGGCAGCCAGCAGGCCACUGAGACCCUCACGCUGUCCCCGGCGGCCCCUAGAGGGUUCUCAGCGCCCCCAGUUCUUCUGGAAAGCUCCCUGCUCUCCCUUCCCAUGGCUCCCUUCAGCUCCACCAGCGCCUUCCCCACAGUGCCCAGAAGCGGGCCCCACCCGCCAUCUCUGGGGGUCUCCGGGAGGCGCAGGCCCAGACCCAGCUUCUGA